GCUGUCAUUGGCUACCAGGAAGCACAGUAGAUUUUACUAAUCGCUGUCAUAACGUAGUGUGUUACCUGUCUGCUCGUCUUUUUAUUUGUUUUUGUUUGUAGCCUAGUUCAUUUCGCCCACGAGCCAUGGCUAUAGGUUACUCAGCUGUAACGUUGACGUAGGUUAACCAUCUUCGCUAGGAGAGUUAGCUAAGAAUAAAGACGCUGAGAUGUGCGCCGCACUUUAUGUUCUGUCCACGGUGACGGGGUAUGUGUUGACCUCCGCAUUACUACUGAAAUGUCCAGCUCUCUUACACCGGCGAAAGCAGGGGGCAUUCCGGAGCAGGCACAUAUCCCAUCGCGGGGGAGCUGGUGAAAACUUGGAGAAUACAAUGGCAGCAUUCAGACAUGCGGUACAGCUGGGCACAGACAUGUUGGAGCUGGACUGUCAUCUGACAAAGGACGAGGAAGUGGUGGUCUUGCACGACAGCAACCUGAUGAGGUCAACAGGUGUGAGCGUUGACGUCUCCGAUGUGGCCUAUGUGGAUAUCCCUCCUUACCUCUGCAGACUUGGUGUUACCUUCCAGAAAGAGUGUUACUGUGAGGGAGGUGACGACAAGCGUAUCCCUUUGCUGAGGGAGGUCUUCGAGAACUUUCCCACCACACCUGUCAACAUCGACAUCAAAGUCAACAAUGACACACUCAUCAAGAAGGUCUCAGAACUGGUGGUCAAAUACGAUCGGGAACAUCUGACUGUGUGGGGGAACUCCAACAACACAAUUGUGAAGAAAUGUUUCAAGGAGAAUCCACAGAUCCCAGUGCUGUUCAGCAUGCCCAGAGUGCUCCUCCUGGUGGGGCUCUUCUACACCGGCCUACUGCCCUUCUUCCCGCUCAAGGAGCAGUUCCUGGAAAUCCCCAUGCCUUCCAUCAUCACCAAGUUAAAGGACCCCUCUAGAAUGGCUAGGAGCCAGCGUGUGUUGACUUGGCUUGCUGACACGCUUCUGAUGAGAAAAGCACUGUUUGAUCAUUUAACUGCCAGAGGAAUACAAGUGUAUAUUUGGGUACUGAAUGAUGAGGAGGAUUUCCAGCGUGCCUUUGACCUUGGCGCCACUGGAAUCAUGACGGACUAUCCAACCAAGCUAAAAGAAUUCAUGGAGGAGAACAGGAUGAGUUUAUCAAGUGGAGAGUGAGCAGUGUGUUUAGACAUCCUUGUGUCCAUUGAAUGAGACGCAUUUGGUGGGUCAAGAAUGAUUGAUGGUGGAGAAAGUUUCACUGAGGGAGUAUUUGUGUUUGUCUGUCUGUCUGUGUCUCUCUCUCUCUCUCUCUCUCUCUCUCUGUCUUUUUUUUGGAAUUACACCUUUAUCUAUCAAUUUUUCAUGUUUACCUCAUGUCUUACCAGUGCAGUACUGUAGGUAUAGUAGACGACUAAUUGUCAACCAUUCAAAGGGCCCAUUGUUGUGGAAACCAUGUGUCUGUGUGUGGAAAAUGUAAUGACACUAAGAAACAGGAAUAGACCAAACAUUCCAGUGUUUCAUUUAUAACACUAAUUUAGCCAAGAACCUCUGUCAUUAAAACAACACAAAUUAGCAAGAAUGGUUUUAGGAUGGCAACAGAUUUUCCCUUGUAGUAUUUACACAUCAUAAAAUGUAUUGAGAUCUGUGUAUUUUCAGCUGUGGCAAAGGCAGCUUAUUUCAGGCCUUAUUUUGAGGUCAUAAACUCUGCCAAAACUACAUUUAUUUUCCUUAUUGUUCUUUAAAACUUAGAUUUGAUAUAAAACUGCAAAUAUCACUGUCUUAAUGAAAGUAGAAAAAAUUAAUGAAUGUCCACUUAAAAGAUGUCUUCUUGUGUGAAGGGAAUCAGUUUGUUUCAAUGAUGUAAUGAUAUUGCUUUAGCUAGUUUGCAGACUCUAUCUGUGAGAUGCCAGUGCUGUUUACAGCAUAAGGCAUCUAAACUUUAGGUCUCUUGAGCAACAUUUAAGUAUUUCAAUCACCUGCCACCUUAAAGCUACAAUCCACACAGCAGCACCGUCUAGAGCCUUUUAAUUUUAUUUGUACAAUGAACAACAUAUCAGAGGAGUAAUUAGUAAACCAGAACUGAUCAUGGUUCCUGCCGCAGGGCAUUAAACCUUAAUCAUGCUGUGGCUUUCAGUGUACUGCACCACUGCCACCACUGACACCCCCCCCCUUUCUUUCCCCUGGAGGACUGUGGUGGUGGAUGUCCCAUCUUGGGGCAUCUUGUUAGUUGUGGCUGAAUGUAUUGUUAUGGAACAGUAAAGUAGGGUUCAGACCAAAGAUUCCCGACGAGACGAGACGAGCCGCGACGUUCUAAAAUCUUGCGACUGCGACUCAACAUGUUUAAUGCUCUGCAACGUCUACGUGUCUACGUGCAACUUCUAAUUCACACCGCUGCAACUCAGUCUCGUCGCGUCGGGAAUCUUAGGUGUGAAUUUGGCUUAAGACUGUUCUUGUUAAAUGUGUUCUGAAUGUGGCAAUUCCAUUUCAGGAAAAAAAAGGAAUUAUUUACCACUGGGCUGUUUUUAUUAAGAUUUGCACAAGGUUGUAAGGUGUCGUUUGGAUGAUUAAGUAUGUAUAUUUGACAUCAGCACAACGUCUUUUAGUUUUCAUUAUUUUUUCAUUGUUAAUGGAUACUAUUAUACAUGUUAUCAUACACUGGUGAGUUGGACAAGUUCUUUUAAACAAGGUUUUGUUGAUUAUGUACUAUUUAUGCAUGGAUUUCUUUGCAACAAAGGGCUGUUAAAAAGCACAUAGAAAUGAUAGUAGGCCAUCAAUAUGAAGAGAUUUCUCCCCUGUUUAAGUUUUUCCGUAACAUAAGUCAUUGUAACUCUUAUGGUUUAGUCAUUUGAGACUUCACAGGUUUGUCUGUCUGUGUUAUCAGUGUUAAAAAAGAGAAAAACUCCCACACAGAUAGAUGUUGAGUGGCUUUUCAAUCACAAUGAGAAUGUGUGGGAAAAAUGCAAUAUUAUAAACUGCUAAAACACAGAUGUAGUUUUCCAUGUCAGUCUGGAUGUUUUGUAACAUGGGCAUUGUGUUUCACUCCUGUCUUCUUCAAAUAAUGUACCUUGUUGCUGUUAGUUGUCUGAAUUUUACGAAUAGUGAUUCGUUUUCUGUGUAUUUCUGUUUAAUAAAUUAUUUUUGAGAUCACA